AGAGAAACGAAAACAAAAAAAAAACAAUAUCUAUCAAUCAUCAUUCUCAUCCAUUUCUCUUUUUAAUACCUAAUCGCCGAUGAUGAUCCAUGUAUGACUCAACAUUGAAGUAAGCUCGUGGCGUGAAUUCGAGUUCAUCAUUGAAGAAUGAUCUCCCCUACCGUCUCCAAUCGAGAAUUGAUUUCAGUUGCGUUCGGGUCGCAUACUAAUUUGAGUUUAGAAUCUGAAGUUGAAAAUCAAUCAAUCGAUCACCUGACGACGCUAAUGUCGACGCCAACACUCUGAUGAACAACAGCUGAGAGCAAUCGAUCCCACACGUAACGGAGGAAACUAAGUGAGAGGAUCAACAAAUAAAGAAAAGAAAUUCGAAGUGAAGAAUCUUCGUCCAAAAGUGAAUGUCGCCAGUGGUGGAUGAUGAUGUCACGGGAGAGCUACCAAAGAACGAUGGGCUCGCUCAAAUCUGACUUUGGAAUGGGUUUUUUUCUACAAGCCUUCUAUGCUACCAAAUCCAACAAAGAUUUGAUUGGUGUUCCCUCUUCUUAAAGCCAUGAUGAGAUCACUUCCUUCGGGGUCAGCUUUUUCAAUUUUACGAGUUCAUUGCAUGUUUUGAAAGAACAAAAGAAUAUGUGGCGUGUUUCGUAAUUUUGAAAAACUUGAGGCCAAAAACGGAUAUUUUCGAAAAAAGCAACAAGAUAAAAUAACAGGACUAUACUAUAGGCUUUACGCUCACUUGCACUAUAUCCUCUUCGCAACAAUGGAUGCUUCGGUGGUGAGAUUUUCCCAAUCGCCGGCAAGAGUGCCGCCGGAAUUUGAACCAGAUAUGGAGAAGAUUAAACGGAGGCUGCUCAAGUACGGUGUUGAUCCCACCCCCAAAAUCCUGAACAAUCUCCGAAAGAAAGAAAUUCAAAAACACAACCGUAGAACCAAGCGCGAAACCGAGUCAGAGGCGGAGGUGUAUACGGAGGCGCAGAAGCAAUCUAUGGAGGAAGAAGCUCGUUUCCAAACCCUAAGACGGGAAUACAAGCAAUUCACGAGGUCAAUUUCUGGAAAAAGUGGCGGCGAUGUUGGUUUGAUGGUUGGGAAUCCAUGGGAAGGAAUCGAGAGAGUGAAGCUGAAGGAGCUCGUUAGUGGUGUCCGGAGAGAAGAGGUUAGUGGUGGUGAAUUGAAGAAAGAGAAUCUAAAAGAGCUGAAGAAGAUACUUGAGAAGGAUCUUCGUUGGGUUCUAGAAGACGACGUUGAUGUGGAAGAGUAUGAUUUGGACAAAGAAUUUGAUCCUGCGAAACGGUGGCGUACCGAAGGAGAAGCAGUCAGAGUUCUCGUUGACAGAUUGAGUGGUAGAGAAAUCACUGAGAAGCAUUGGAAGUUUGUGAGGAUUAUGAAUCAAUCAGGGCUUCAGUUCUCUGAAGAUCAGAUGCUUAAGAUUGUUGAUCGAUUGGGACGUAAAAACAGUUGGAAACAAGCUUCAGCUGUUGUUCAUUGGGUGUAUUCUGAUAAGAAGCGUAAACACAAUAGGAGCAGAUUUGUUUACACCAAGCUUUUGUCCGUUCUUGGGUUUGCGAGGAGGCCUAAGGAAGCUCUUCAGAUAUUCAGUGAGAUGCUUGGUGAUCGCCAGUUGUAUCCUGAUAUGGCGGCGUACCACAGUAUUGCUGUAACACUUGGGCAAGCGGGUUUAUUGAAGGAGUUGCUUAAAGUAAUCGAGCAUAUGAGGCAGAAACCGACUAAACUAAUGAAGAAUUUGCGGCAAAGGAACUGGGAUCAUGUGCUUGAACCAGACUUGGUUGUAUACAAUGCUAUUCUUAACGCUUGUGUUCCAACACUCCAAUGGAAGGCUGUUUCAUGGGUAUUUGUAGAGUUAAGAAAAAAUGGUUUGAGGCCUAAUGGAGCUACAUAUGGGCUUGCGAUGGAGGUUAUGCUGGAGUCAGGGAAGUAUGAUCGUGUUCACGAUUUUUUUAGGAAGAUGAAAAGCAGUGGCGAAGCUCCAAAAGCAAUUACAUACAAGGUUCUUGUCCGAGCUCUUUGGAGAGAAGGCAAAAUCGAGGAAGCUGUUGAAGCAGUCAGAGAUAUGGAACAAAAGGGAGUUAUAGGAACGGGUUCAGUUUACUAUGAAUUGGCAUGCUGUCUGUGCAACAACGGGCGUUGGCGCGAUGCAAUGCUUGAAGUGGGGAGGAUGAAAAGACUUGAAAAUUGCAGGCCGCUUGAAAUUACCUUCACAGGACUCAUAGCGGCUUCAUUGAACGGUGGUCAUGUUGAUGAUUGCAUGGCUAUAUUCCAAUAUAUGAAAGAUAAAUGCGACCCGAAUAUAGGAACUGCGAACAUGAUGCUUAGAGUUUACGGAAGGAAUGAUAUGUUUUCGGAAGCUAAAGAAUUGUUUGAAGAGAUUGUCAGCAGAAAAGAGACUCAUCUAGUUCCAAACGAGUAUACAUACAACUUCAUGCUUGAAGCUUCAGCUAGAUCACUGCAAUGGGAAUACUUUGAGCAUGUUUAUCAGUUGAUGAUUCUUUCUGGUUACCAAAUGGAUCAAGCAAAACAUGCAUCAAUGCUUAUAGAAGCAUCAAGAGCCGGGAAGUGGAGUCUUCUAGAGCAUGCCUUCGAUGCAGUUCUUGAAGAUGGAGAAAUCCCUCACCCAUUGUUCUUCACUGAACUCUUGUGUCAUGCCACAGCUAAAGGCGAUUUCCAAAGAGCUAUCACACUGAUUAACACUGUGGCUCUCGCAUCUUUCCAGAUUAGUGAAGAAGAAUGGACUGAUCUUUUCGAGGAGCAUCAAGACUGGCUUACUCAAGAUAAUCUUCAUAAGCUCUCUGAUCAUCUCCUUGAGUGUGAUUAUGUGAGUGAACCAACAGUCUCAAACCUCUCAAAGUCAUUGAAAUCUCUAUGUGGGUCUUCUUCUUCUUCUUCUUCUUCUUCAGCACAACCAUUGUUAGCCGUAGAUGUAACAACUCAAAGUAAGGGUGAGAAACCGGAGGAAGAUUUGCUUCUUCAAGAUACAACAAUGGAAGAUGCUAAUGGUGAAGCUUGGGAAUUUACGGAGACGGAACUCGAAACGUUGGGUCUAGAAGAACUCGAGAUUGAUGAUGAUGAAGAAUCUAGUGACUCUGAUUCACUUUCAGUUUAUGACAUUCUAAAAGAAUGGGAAGAGAGUAGUAAGAAAGAAACAUGAAAAAGCUUGUAAAUUUCCUCAAAAUCUUAAUAGAACAAAAUCUAAAUUUAUCUCUGCUUA